AUGGCAGACAAAGAACCCUCGCCGGCCGAAGACGCCGCCGCUCGCGCCCGUGAGCUCGAAGAGCAGGCCACCCUGCCAUACAAGUGGACGCAAACCAUCGGCGAGCUCGACAUCAACUUCAUUGUCCCCGGAAACAUGAAGUCACGCGACCUCGUGGUUGACAUCCAGAAGCUCAAGCUCACUGCCGGUAUCAAGGGCCAGGAGCCCAUCGUCAACGGCGACCUGCCUCACGCUAUUCGCGUAGACGAAUCGACCUGGACGCUCUCCACCAACGCGGACGGGACCAAGACGGUCGAGAUCCACCUCGACAAGGUCAACAAGAUGGAGUGGUGGGCACACGUCGUGACCGGCGCCCCCAAGAUUGACGUGACCAAGAUCCAACCCGAAAACUCCAAGCUGUCCGACCUCGACGGCCAGACACGCGGCAUGGUCGAAAAGAUGAUGUUUGAUCAGCGACAAAAGGAGCAGGGCCUGCCCAGUUCCGACGAGCAGAAGAAGGCUGAUAUCCUGAAGAAGUUCCAGGAGCAGCAUCCCGAGAUGGAUUUUAGCAAGGCCAAGAUGUCCUAG